AGAAUCAUAUGUUUUGGCAAACACACACACCUGCUCGAUCGCAUGAGGCUAAACCCCACGAUCCGUACCGAUCAGUGUCUAUAUCCCGUGCAUUUCCGCGCCCCAAAGUCCCGAUAAAUGGCAACACACCUCCUCCGAAAUGGCGCUACAUGUUGGCUGCUCAGGAACUGCAUUUCCCGCCAGGCGACAUUAAAUCGUUGCCUGCAUGUGAGCUCCGUUCUGGACAAGAAGAUCUCCUUCCAUCUCAGUGACAUUGGUGAGGGCAUCCGCGAGGUAACCGUCAAGGAGUGGUUCGUGAAAGUGGGGGACACUGUCGAACAGUUUGACAAUCUCUGCGAGGUGCAAUCUGACAAGGCAUCGGUGACUAUCACAAGUCGCUAUGAUGGUAAGAUAACCAAGAUUCACCACAAGAUCGAUGAGAUUGCGUUGGUUGGACGUCCUCUUGUGGAUUUCGAUGUGCUGGAUGAGGAGGGCGAUGAUGCGGACGAUUCCUCCACCACGUCCUCCGAGAGCUCUUCCAGCGAAUCGGAGCAGGAAAAGUCAACUGGUGCAGGCGCCACGCCAACUGGCGCUCGUCUGAUUACACUCGCCACACCCUCUGUCCGUCGCCUGGCCAAGGAACAUCAGUUGGAUCUGGCCAAGGUGCCGGCAACGGGCAAAAAUGGUCGUGUACUGAAAGGUGAUGUCCUAGAGUUUCUGGGACAUGUGCCUCCCGGUACGAAUGUGCCACAUCCCACACUAGUUGACAAAAAGCCAGCAGCUUCUUCUGCCCCCUGCUCAGCAGCUCCUGUUUCAGUCCCAGCUGAUCGUGUAGAGGUGCUUAAGGGAGUAAGGAAGGCCAUGCUCAAAUCGAUGACGGAAUCUCUGAAAAUCCCUCAUUUUGCGUACAGCGACGAGAUCGACAUGACCCAGUUGGUGCAAUUCCGCAACCAAUUGCAGGCGGUGGCCAAGGAAAAUGGUGUUCCCAAGCUUACGUUCAUGCCGUUCUGCAUUAAGGCAGCCAGCGUAGCCCUGUCCAAGUAUCCUAUUGUCAACAGCUCGCUGGAUUUGGCCAGCGAGUCUCUGAUCUUUAAGGGUGCCCACAACAUUAGCGUUGCCAUUGAUACACCACAGGGUCUGGUUGUGCCAAAUAUCAAGAAUUGUCAGGCGAAGAAUAUCAUUGAGAUAGCCAAAGACCUGAAUGCCCUCGUGGAGCGUGGACGCACUGGCACUCUGUCCCCAUCAGACUUUGCCGAUGGCACUUUCUCGCUUUCUAACAUCGGAGUUAUUGGUGGUACUUACACGCACCCUUGCAUCAUGGCACCCCAGGUGGCCAUUGGAGCGAUGGGAAGGACUAAGGCGGUGCCGCGUUUCAAUGACAAAGAUGAAGUGGUCAAGGCGUACGUGAUGAGUGUUAGCUGGUCCGCCGACCAUCGCGUCAUUGACGGUGUUACAAUGGCCAGUUUCUCGAAUGUCUGGAAGCAGUAUCUUGAGCAGCCGGCACUUUUCCUGCUGCUCUAGACUGUCAGCAACUCCAAGACCCUAACUCCCACGGAUAAGUCUGUAUCCCAUGCAUUUAUCUAGACAUAUUUAAUUUUGUGAAUUUUUUACGACAAUCUGUUUUGUUCUGAAGCACGUGCCAUGUGCCGCCGCCCAUCCCCGAAAUGUGCAUUUAUAGGAGGUAAGCUGCUCUGAGCGGCUCCUCGAUUACUUUAAGCUCCUGGCGCACAUGGCUGGCUUUCCCGCUUAGCUACCAUUUUUUUUGUUAACCUGCAUUUAUAUAUCAGAACUUUUUGUAGUUAAUUAAGCAGCAGCUUUUUCGUACAGUUUAACUGUAUUUAAUUUUAAAGCUUUGUUUUAAUGGCUGUCCAAUAAAUAUCCCAAAUGGUUUAUGUGAAA